AUGCAUACGUAUGUCUAUACAUAAGAGUUUAAUGCUUUCUCAUUUCAAUUGCAGUAUCAUGACAACAACCACCUGCAAAAAUCAAGAAGGCUACAAUAAGGUGGGGGAAAUAUACGAAGUUAUAGAGGAGGAUUAUUCCGAAGUGGUGGCAAAUGUGCUGGACGUGUUUGUGAAAUACAAAGAAUUUUAUCCUGUGCUAGUGGAGGUAAAAAAGGAUGUAAGGGCUACUGCCUUACUGCAGAAUUACAGGGCAGUGUACGCUCUGUGGAAAGAUGAACAGGAAAAAUGUGUGAGAGUGGUGUGUGAAAAUGGAAAGACUACACUCCACUUCCACCAAAAGCAAAACAACAGAUCACUC